AUGGCAGAAUUUGGAGAAGUCAUUUUGCGGUUUCAGCUUCCUGAAUUUUAUUCUGUUUCAAAAAAUUUCCAUUUUAAUCAUUUUAUUGAUAAAAUUUUCAGGGGAAUGGCAGAGGAGGAUCCAACAGCAGAGCAUGGUUUGGAACUAGCAAUUGAAGACUACCCAUUUGCAAAAGAUGGUUUAAUGCUUUGCGAUGCAAUUAAGCACUGGGUUUCAGAUUAUGUGAACCAUUACUUCUCAGAAGCAAGCCAAGUAGCAUCUGAUUGUGAACUUCAAGGAUGGUGGGAAGAAGUUAGAACUAAAGGUCAUGCAGACAAGAAAGAUGAACCAUGGUGGCCUGUUUUGAAAACUCAAGCAGAUUUAUUCCAAGUUUUGACAACUAUUAUUUGGGUGACUUCAGGCCUCCAUGCAGCAGUCAACUUUGGUCAAUAUCCUUUUGCUGGGUAUUUCCCUAAUAGGCCAACAAUAGCAAGAACUAAUAUGCCAACUGAGGAGCCAUCACAGCAAGAAUUUGAGCGUUUCUUGAAAAAACCCGAAGUUUUUCCAUUACAAUGCUUUCCUUCACAAAAACAGGCAACUAAAGUGACGGUUAUUUUGGAUGUUCCUUCAAGCCAUUCACCUGAUGAGGAGUAUAUAGGAAACACACUGGAGCCAUCUUGGGAACCAAAUCCUGUAAUUAAGGUUGCAUAUGAAAGGUUUUGGGCAACAUUGAAGGAGCUUGAAGCUACUAUUGAUGAGAGAAAUAAUAAUUUGAAGAAUACUAAUAGAGCUGGAGCUGGAGUUGUACCGUAUGAGCUCUUGAAGCCACUGGAAAGGGAGUUCCUAAUAGUAUUUCUAUCUAAUUUUAGUUUUUCAGUAACUUUUUCUAUGUACAUACGUAGAUGCUAAUAAGCUCUAUUAAUUGUGGAAAAUAAAACUUGAGCAGACGAGCGACCAUGAAUGGAGUCAUUAAGCGAACUGCUUUUAAUAGGAGAGCCGUCCUUAUUGUGUACAUUUUUCAAUUGUUCCUCGGUAUAUAUUUAAUGAUGAUCAACUUUUAAUUUUUAUUUUAUUUUGUUAAUUGCAUUACCACCGGCCUUUGCUAUGGAGCUGUUAGCGCAAUUGAAGAAGAAUAACAGAAUAUGCUCUCACUGUACUGUUUUUGCUCUUGGAGCUGUAUUGAAGAAGAAUAAAAGAAUAUGCUCUCACUGUACUGUUUUCGAAUGCCCUUCUGAUGCAAGAAUGCCUUGCUCCAAAAGUUUCUUUACAUAAUAAUAAUAAUAAUAAUAAUAAUAAUAAAAGCAGAAGUUCCAUUUUUACAGUGCCUACCUUA